AUGUUCAACAAAAUACCACCUCCAAGACCGACCUUGGGUUGUACAACACUGACUGCAGCCCAUCCAUCCCGUCCGUCAAACCGCGGGACUCCUCCUCCCCUUCCGCGAUCCAAUGAUCGCUCCCUGACGGGCAAGACACCUCGAAGCCACAUCGCUGCAGCAAGCUCCACACUUGUUCCCAAAAUUCUCUCUCUCUCUCUCUCUCUCUCUCUCUCUCAGGUUGUUUUUCCCUGCCGCCGCCAAAGUUGCGAGGGAGGGGAAGUAAACUUGUCACAUUUGGCGAACACGACAAAAAAACGGGUACCAGAUCUGAUCUGA